AUGCUAUUACGAAGGGCUCACACACUAAGAUGCUUUUCGGCAAGAUUUAAUAUUGGAUUUUGUUGCUUAAGAUGGAAAAGGUUAUAUUCAGAAAAGGCAGGUUCGCCUGAAAAACCGGAUGUUCGAAAGCAAGUAUUUGAACGCUUAAAGAUGCCGAUGUAUCCAUCUAUUUCAAGUACAAAAGGAGUUACAUCAAUAUCGAGGCUGCGGUCUUGGGAUAAUGUUCUUUCGCCGGACGCCAGACAAUAUGAUGAAUCCUAUACUGUCUGUGGUAGAAUCGGCAAUUUAAGAUACGCAAGUUCAAAACUUGUUUUUGUAGACAUCUGUGACGGAUUGUCGAAGCUACAAUUAACCAUUAGUAAAAAACUUGUAUCUAAUAGUGAUAAUGAGGCUCUUCCUUUUUCCAACAUUCUUAAAGCUUUUCGCCGAGGUGACUAUAUACAGUGUACAGGGUUCAUUGGAAAAACAAGCAAAGGGGAACUAUCUAUUUAUGCAACAGAACUUCCAGUGAUGCUGUCUCCUUGUCUUCACCAGAUGCCUACCAACCUCUUGAACCAAGAAAAAAGAUUUCAGCAGCGUUACAUCGAUUUUAUUGCAAAUCCUGAUACCAUUUUGACAUUAAAACGGAGAUUUCAGAUCAUAGAAUGUAUUCGCAAUUUUUUUCGAAAAAAUGAAUUUACAGAGGUAGAAACCCCAUUGCUUUCACACCAUUUUGGGGGUGCUAUGGCUCGUCCAUUUAUUACAAACGAUGCUCACAAACAGCCACUUUCGCUGCGAUGUGCUCCUGAAUUAUGGCUUAAGCAAUUAGUCAUAGGAGGCAUGCACCGGAUUUUCGAGUUAGGUAAAAACUUUCGAAAUGAAGGUCUAGACGCUACUCAUAAUCCAGAAUUUACCAGCUGUGAGGCCUAUUGUGCCUUCAUUAACUUGGGCACAUUCAUUGACAUGACCAAAUUAUUGCUAAGCGAAAUCUGCAUGAAUGUUCAUGGAAAUUUAACGUUACCCCAUCUUGGAGUAUCUUUGCACAGCGAUUCUUUCAAGACACUUGAAUUUAUCCCAUCUCUUGAAAACAGUCUUAAUCAAUCUCUAGGCGUUAUAGAUAACUCCGAAGGGUAUCGCAAAUUUUUGUUAGACAUCUUUGAGCAAAGGAAUAUUAAGCAACCAAAAACACCUACUGUGUCUCAUUUGCUUGAUAAGCUGUUAAGUCACUGCGUUUUAGAGCAUCUGAGCGAUGGCCCUACGUUUAUUGUACACCAUCCAGAAGUAAUGUCUCCUCUAGCAAAGUCCGAAACGAUUAAAUAUGGGAAUACGGAAUUUCGCGUUUCUAAGCGGUUUGAACUAUAUUUGGGAAAAAGUGAGAUUUGCAAUGCCUACGAAGAAGAAAAUGACCCGAUGUCUCAAAAGGAGAAGUUCGAAUCUCAGCAAUACGACCGUACCGAGCUAGGAGACCAAGAAGCACCUAUUCCGGAUGCUGAUUUUGUACGUGCAUUAGAAUAUGGACUUCCCCCAACAACUGGAUGGGGCAUGGGCGUUGAUCGUUUGGUAAUGCUUGUUACCGGACAAAAAAGGAUAAACGAAGUAUUACCGUUUGGAUCUUUACGGUAUAUUUGA